UUGAAGUUUUACUUGCAUGGUCAUUUUGUAAGAAGACAAAUGUCAACAAUUUAGUCUGGACAAAGUCAUUAAAAUUACAUUUAUUGUUGUUGAAAACUGUUUAAGGAUAUGUGUGACAAAUAAUGUGUGAAGUUUGCUAGAUAUGUGCAUGAUAAAUCAUUUCAAUUGCUAAUAUUGACAUGGAUUUUACAUGUGGGUGUAAACUAUAAUAAAUUGCUUCCAAGUAUAGAUGGAGUAUAUUGUUAUUAGGAAUUUAUGACAUGGAAACUCGUCUCACACGAAGAUUGUAGGCUGAUCUUGGAGUGACAUUGCCCAGAGGUUGAGAACAUUUCUGAGAGAGUUGGAAGAAGUAAAUCUAUGAGUGGCUCCUACUCAAUGAAGGGCACACAGCCAGCAGGAGUAGGGGUCAAAAAGGGGUCACUGGCAACCAAUGGCAACGGGCCGCCACCUCUGACCUACCCGGCAGAUCCACCAGACGAUGAAAACAUGAACGAGAUCAUCGACGACAAUGUGGAGCUUACUAUCCACCUGCCAGAUGGGACUGUUAAACAACAAUCGGAAGAUUCGAAUAUCCCAAUGAUGGACCUUCUGGUAAAAAUUGCAAGUUCCAGCAAACUGAAUCCGGCUGCGCACACUUUGGUAGUACUUACAGGAGAUAAGUGGAAGCAAAUUGACUUCAAAGCUAACAAGACCAUAGGUCUGUUAGCAAACGAGGACCGCUCCGUUUCGGUUCAGGUCGUCAAAAAGCAAAAAGAGGAGAAAGUGAAACUGAAAACAGCCAAUCAGCCGUUUGAGAUGACCUACAGAUUCACCGUAAAUCUGCCAGGCAAUCAGAAGGAGGUGGUGCGCAUCAGCCCAAAAGAGACGCUCGCUGAAGUCCGGGCAGUCGUGUGCCAGAAGAAGAAUUUCGAUCCCAACAACUACGUUUUCUUGCUGCCUAGCAACCCAUCUCAGCCUCUUGAAGACUCCACCUGCAUUGGCGAUCUGAAGACCAACGAAAUACGCUUUGAGUCAAAAGCUGUCGUCAGUGCCGCCAUAGCCAGAUCAAUGCCUGACUUAGCGUUCGCAGCAGCUUGCGCAGGCAGCGGAGCUGGAGAAUCUAGGUCAAAGGUCGAGGCCGAAAAGAAGGCCAAAAAAGGCUUCUUGUCAUUCUUAGGAAAAAAAGACAAUAAAUUUAAAUUGGCACAUAGCACAUCCGAUAUUGAUCUUCGAUCAAAAUCGCAGGAUUCAGAAAUUACGAGGUCAACUACAACGGCGGCCAAUAGACCAAAAACAAUGUACGUCGAUUCAGGAGAGCUGGACCAUUUUGGGCUACGUAAAACGACAGGGGAUUUGCACAAAUACUCAGAACAUAGGAAAAGCUCUGGCUCAGGUUUGAUGCCCCUGAAUGAAAAUGUGGCGCUUUCUGCAAGUUCAGACAAUUUGACUUCAAGCCAAAAAAACAAUAAAGGCGAUCAUCAAAAAAAGAGCAGGAAAAAGCGUGCUGCACCCCCUCCGCCAAAAGCCAACGGAAAAAAUGCGUCAGAAUCACAAACAGUGCAAGUUGAGAUUAACGUUCAGCCAAAAUCUACCAAACAGACUCAAAUAGAAGAAGUUAGGCUGGAGAAUAAUAAUCGUGUUCAGUUAAAUAAGAACAUUCAUUCGCGGAAUAGUUCAGACUCUAGCGGUUAUCACGAAUACCACGAAAUGACGCUGAGCGGCACGGAAUCGCCAGAAGCGAACAAGUCGGACAAUUUGCAAACCACGCUGGAUACUACCUCAAUAGACAGUGGGGAGCAUUUUAACGGGGACAGCGGUAUACCGGACAUGUCGCCUAUGAGACAUCGCGCUGUGAAUCGCAACGAUGGUGCUUAUUCGCGGGACUCCAGUCUUGAUAUUGAUAAACCCGUUGCUCCAGGACGGAAGAAAAAACGUGCUCCUUUGCCCCCUCCAGGAAUGUCAGUGGCACCCAUAGACAGUAGUAGCACUAACACUCCUGAUAGCCCGCCUCCAUCUCGUGGGAGACACACAGACGAAGAGUUCGCUGCCCUUCAGGCGAUGGAGGAAGUCACUAUGCGCUUUAACCUCGAGGACUCCGAUGACGACGAUGCCAACAGGGGUCAGGAUCUCUACAUGGUAGAAAACUCUUCAAUACACAGUGAGGAUAUCGACCUCGAUCCAGAGGUUGCGCAUCGUCAACGACCUGCGACCUUUGUGGCGCCCCCACCACCCACGGAACCGCCUCCUGACGAUUCGGUGGCCGUGACAUUGGGUUCGGUGGAUACGGUUGAUAUUGGUGUCGGAGAUGGAACAACCAAUAGCCCCAGAGACAGUUCCAAAGAUUUCCCGUCUUCUACAGAGUCUAGUCGUCGCGGUAGCGUCUCCAGCAAUUCCUCUGUGAACACAAUAGAGGAUAUAAGUGAAGCCUUUAAGCUCACGAUCGCCAUGGGCGAGGAAUCGUUGGGUGGUUUUGAGUCCGAUCACUCGGACGAUAGUGUCCAAGAUGAACUGAAGAAAGCCAUGCCAGAGUUCAAGAAGCAUAUUGCCAGUCUGGUGCUUCAAGGGUCCGAUGGAGAGGAAUCGACCAAUGGGACGCCUCUCUCCAAGGACCCAAGCAGUUCCUCCCCCUCCUCCCAACACAAACUCUUGCACUCUGACCGAGACAUCAGCGCCCAGGGUGACCGGGAUUCUUCGGAGAUUACGUACGAAUUCACGGUCGCCUCCGUUCCGUCGGGAUUCCAAAACUUGUCGCAACGGGAUUCCGAAGAGGAGAGUUUCGAAACGGAAGAGAUCGUUGAAUAUUAUCCGGCUCAACAGAAUGUUUUGCAGCAUGCCCUGCUAGAAACUGGUAGUCCAAGGGUUAUACCCGAUCUUGAGUCCCCUAAAGAGCAUGCAAAAGCAAUCUGUGUCCAUCCGCAUGAUGUGUUCCAAGAUAUUGAUGUCGAAAGAACUGAUGAUGUGAAAGAUGAUGAUAAAGACCUUAAUGAGAAGGUAAAGGUAAAAGAAGUUGAGGUAACUCGGGUUGUUGAUACUGAAGUUUUGAAUGAUACUAAAACUGUAGAUAUUCCUAAACAAACUAAGGAGAAGCCUGUUGUUGUAAAGGUGAAGAAGCCAGAGGAAAAAGAAGAAUUUGUUAUCACAUUUGAUGAGUUGUCAACUCUGGACUUCAGUGCCAGUAAUCCUAACGAUCAAAAGAAGCCUCGCAGAGAGUUUAGUGACACUCCUAAGGUGAACUAUAGAAUUGAAUUUCGCAAUUCUCGUGAUUUCGACGAAGAGGUUAUUCAAGCUUCAAAUACUUCCAUAGUAAAUCAUGCUCCAGUAUUUGACGAAACUAGCGGCAAGCAGACUGUUGAUAUUAACAUAGCAAACCAGUGUUCAAAUAUAAGUUUUCAGCCAAAUUCAGAAGGAGAGGCCGAGAAUUUGUUAGAAGAGAAAUCUAUAUCUUUUAUAGCGCUUCCUGCUGAAAGGACUGCAGUGAAGGAAGAAAAAGUUGAAACUAAUGACGAAGUGGAGGUUAAUCUAGAGAAAGAAACUUUUGCUUCCAAAACAGUAAUUCAGUUGAGCCAGUCCAGUCCACCAGUAAUCUCACAUACUGGUAGCAGAGAAUCGCUGCAGACUAGUAGCCGAGAAUCGUCACAGACUAGUAGCAGAAAUUCGACGCAAACUAAUAGCAGAGAAUCAACUCCAAGACGAUCAGACGAUGAUGCAGAGUCCGCCAAUCUAAUGCAGACACAAUACCAGCAGAUGCAACAGCAGAUGGCAAUGUGGCAGAACCAGCUGCUGCAGAACCAGCAGCUAUUGGCCAGUUCCUUGUCACCUGACCCUCCAUCGCCCAAUCAGACGCCUGGGAUUCAGGACCAGUCCAGUCUGCAGCUUCAGCAGUUGCAGUUGCAGAUCCAAAUGCAGCAGCAAAUGCUGUUGCAACUGCAGCAGAGCAUCGCGACGAUUUCCUUCAACAAAAACGUGGUAGUAGGUCCCUCCCAACAACAAACCUUGCUGCAAACACCUGCUGCUGGCUUUUCGACCCCACCCAAUAUCGGAAGCAGCGGUGGCAAUAGCCAAAUGUCCUCCCCAAACUUUUUAAGUGGCCAUGAAUUUCAGACAUCAACACCUAUCCCCGAUAUGACCAGCCAGCGCGGCCAAAGAGACGGUUCCCUGUCCCAGGUUCCAGUGGCCCCUACCCUUCCACCGGCUCCUGGCCUUGAGGCCAAGUCAAAGGUAGUCAAAGCAGACGCAAAAUACACGAAACCGAAACAGAAGCGUUUUGAGCGACAGCUUGAUCCAAGGGAACAGCUGAUGCUUGAUAUUCGAAAUUUCGGAAAGAAGGGAUUGAACAAGUCCCGCAUUCGAAGGUUCCAGUCAAGGCCACUCACUGGCAUAAAUGAUGAAAUUCCGAUUUAUGUGUGAUACCACAAAACACUGGCAUACGUGUAACACUUGCGGAGAAUGUGCAUAUAUAUGUCAUGCAAUCUGUGUAUAGGUUAUGGAAAAAUUGGCAUAUACGUGUAAUGCAAAUGAGGUAUUUGCAGAAUGUGUAACAUAUUGUGAGAAUUUGCAUAUGUGUAAUGGAAUGGGAAAAUAUGCAUAUGUACAAUGCAGAAUAUGUUAAGCAGAUGAAAAUAUGGCAUAUGCGUGUAAUGGAUGCAGUUUUCUGUCAGAUGUGAUCAUGAUGGCGGUGACAUGUGUAAUUCAGAGAGGUCAGAUGUGCAUCACGAGUAGAUGGAAGCAAUGUACAGAUGAAAACUUAACUACUGGCCAGUCGACGAUCACAUAAAAGCCCAACGCAAGGGUUCUUAUAAAGAUGAAUGUUUUCUGUAAAGGAAACCUUUCGGAAAAAAAUGCAAUUAACCUGUGUACGUUUAGGCUAAGUUACUAUAUGCAAGGGAAAAAUAUAAUCCAUAAAUUGCUUGUACAAGAAUGUGCAUAUAUUAGUCAAAUGUGUAUCUAGAAUUAUGUUAUAAUUACUUGCAUUCCUUUUCUUCCAUAUAAAUGUUUAGUAAAGUUAUAUGUGUGAUCAAAACAGAAAGUUCAGUUCGAAGCGUCAAGAUGUUUGUAAAUAUGUUUUAUCUGAUGCAUAUCAUGAUUCCUGGUUAUAUGUUUGUUUUCUUCCAAUAAAGACUGUAAUGUAUAUUAUAAAAAUAUAUUUAGCAAUUGUAAAAUAUUUUAAAGGGGUGCAAUAUUACAUUAAUGAUAAGAAAAUUAUUGUACAGUUAUUAUAUGGACAAAACUUUAUUAUGAUCACCUUAUGCCAAGAUUUCUAUUUGUCAGUUACUGAUUCUCAAAGUAUUUUUUUUUUGUUCAUGCUUGUUAUUUCUCCUUAUUCAUAAGCAAACAUCCUAAGAGCUCUUAAUUAAAUGGUAAUUCAGUUUCGUCUUAAUAAUACUUUAUAUUUUCCUUUUAAUAAAUUUGCAAAAGUAUUGAAUGGCAAGAAGCAAACCUAUUGAUUUCCCAUGAGACAUAAAUUUUUAAAAUCUGAUAUGUAGCUUAAUAUUAUUUCCAGCUUUGAACUACACAUAUUAAAGCACUGAUAUAAAUGCAAGAUCCUAUACACCAUCUAUGUUUUAUCGAUUUCCUUUUAAUAAUAGCUAUUUGUGAAAGUAUAAUACGUAUAGUAAUGAUAGUGUGGAUUCAUUUAUUUUUAUUAACUUGAAAUUUCAUUGAUUGAUAAACUCUGGCAUUUUUGUUUGAUCGUCAAUUCGUUAAUUUUUUAUCAGUUCUGGUAUAAGUCUUCAGCGUUUGUUCGUUCGUUGGACAUUUUAUGUCUUGGUUGAGAGGUCCUUUCAAAAUUCAAGAAAAAUUAUUUUCCGAAGAAUAAUAUCAAGUUUACGGUAAUAAAUAAGGGUAGAGUUUUUAACUAGCUUGAUAUCUUUUCAAGCCUUUUUUUAUCAGACACAAAAUUUGCUUAAAUUAUUAAAUGUUAUGAUAAUGUACUUUGUAUACAUCAUUAUUAUAUUUUUCUUAAGUAUUUGAUAUGUUUCUAAUCAUAGGCUGUUAAUUUUUGUAGGCAUUUAGACCUUUCAAAACAAUAAUGUUAUAUAUAUUUUCACAUGUUUUAUGUAAUAAUGGUCAUACACAAUAUAAUGCCCAUGUAAGACAUAUAUUCGGUUACAUUACUUUUUAAGACAGUGUUAGAAAUUGGUCUUCCACUUAUCGUCUUGUGUUUUUGUUUCAAGCAUACUUUCGCUAUCACAUGUGUCCACAAAAUUGAGGCACAUUGUAAAAAUUUUGCAUAUUAGAAAUUACAUUUGUGUUUACAUCUUUCAUCCAAGAGUAUCAUUAACUUAAAUCAACUCAAACUUAAUUUUUAAACAGAAAAAAUGAAAUUAGCUAUGUAUUACUGCCAUAAACAAAAUCAGAUGGAGCAAUAAGAUAUUCUUUUAAUAUAAGUUAAUUAUUAAAAAAAUGUUUGUCCAGUACUUAGAACUGUUAAUCAUUUAAAUAUUCAGACACAUGUUUGCCUGUAUGCCUGUAUGCUGGAUCCUAUAUUAAUCAGUGUUUCAAGUUGAUGUCCAUUGUUUGUAGAUAUGUUCAAUUGAAUCAUGUUGAUUUUAAUCAAUGUAUUGGGGUAUAUUUGCUGUCAGCAGUAAUGCUGUCAGACUCAAACUGCAUGAAUUCAAUGAAUUCACUCAAAGUACAAGAAGUUUUACAAUGAAAUUAAUGGAAAUUUCUUGAACCAGUGUAGAAUCGACAUGAAACAAGUUUGUUUUAUUGUUUCUUAUCUGCCUAAAAUAAUAUUUUAGUCUGUUUCUUAUGUGAUAUUUAAAAACUGUGAUUUAAAACUUAAUCACUUGCACAACAGUACUGUAAUCAAAAUUUAUCUUGCAGUCUCAUUUGAAACAUAAUUGAUGUUGCUAAAGUUUACAGGUAUUGUUUCUUUGCAUUUACGGUAAUAUUUACCGUAUCUUAUAUGAUGUUAACAUAAACUUUACCAGGGCUUUUUUUCCUGUUUUUGUGAAGCAGCCUUGGCCCCCUCAUUUUGUGGAAAAAAAAACUCAUUUUGUGAAAAAAUGAGUUGCUAACUGUUCAAAGUUGUGAAAAAAUGAGUCGCCAACUUUUUAAAAUUGGGAAAAUUUAAGUAGCGAAUUUCGCAAAUCGUGAAAAUGGUCAUUCUCACAGAAGGAAAAAAAGCCAUGUUUACUAACUUGUUUCAUUUUCAUGCUAAAAACUAUGGACUGUAACAGGCUCAAUUAUAAGGGAGCGAUUCACGGCGACUUCUUUUCAAAUUGUUUUUAAUUUCCAUAACAUUUGAACCCUUUGGGCGCUGGAACCGGAUUUUAAAGGCCUUUGCAAACAGUUUGGAUCCAGAUGAGACGUCACAGAACGUGGCGUCUCAUCAGGAUCCAAACUGUUUGCUAUUCUGAUAGUAUUCUUUGAAAAAAAUCGAAGAAAAUGCUAAUUUUAGAAAUUCAGCAGACGACAUUUUAGCAGAAGACAAAUUACCCAGCAUGCAAAGGGUUAAAGCUAUCUCAUAAAAUCAAAUCCUUGAUUCAUCAAUUAAUUAUGCAUGGAACCUGCAUAAAGAAGAUAUCACUGCUAGUAACAAAACUGUCCAUUUGACGCAAGAGAUUCCAUUUCCAUAAUUCAGGGACUCUGUUUGUUUUUAGAAAUAUGCUUUUAGUAUUCCAAAGAGCUAAUUGAAAACAAUAUACAAAACAUGUAUAAUAUGAUAUGAUAUUUCAGUUUCAUUCUCAUCAAAAUCUUCACAAUAAUUGUGUAAAAAUAGGAGAGCAUUUCCUUGUUCACAUAGACAUCUUCUAUUUUAUUUCAGACAUGCCCACAUUUUCCAAAUUAAACCACAGCGUAUUUCAAAGACUCAUAAAAUUUAUUUGUUUCGUUUUGGUUGCUGUCCGUUGCUACAUAUGUUUAUCAGAUAAUUGAACUUACUCAUUGUUUUUAACUCUGUUAUUAGUAAGUUGUCAUAUUAUUAUUUUUCCAUGCAAUAUUUAUAUAUAAUUAUAUAUAAAACUUAUAUAUUUUUGUACAGGUUGAGACUUAUUCAGUUAUCUCGUGUAAAAGAUUUAUUUACAACAAA